AUGUAUAACCUUCCAGAUGACUGGAGUGCCCCACGGAAAUCUUCAAUAUUCACUUUAGGUGAUAUAUUCCACAUAGAGGCUUCUGUUGACACUACAAACCAUGUGCCUAUGAUGAUCUUCGUGGACUGCUGUGUGGCAACAUUAUCCCCUGAUGCCACCUCCAGCCCUCGUUAUGAGAUCAUUGCUCAGAAUGGGUAGGUUAUGCCACUUGUGGUAUUGUGGUAGCUGGUAAUACCCUUUCUAAACCAGUCUUUGCUUUUGCAGGUGUCUGUUGGAUGGCAAACAGGAGGAUUCAUCAUCUGCCUUUAGAUCCCCAAAACCCACACCAGACCGGCUCCAGUUCACAAUUGAUGCCUUCAGAUUUGUUGGAUCUGAUAAUUCCAUGGUGAGUAUCUAGUCUUAAUUCUCUGUACACGUUAAUAAACCUCUAAAUUUAACUUCUGUUCUCAGAUCUACAUCACUUGUAACUUGAGAGCUGUUGCAGAAAGCCAGGUUCCUGACCCCAUGAACAAGGCCUGUUCCUUUAGCAAAUCCACCAACCUGUAAGUAAUGAAAAACUGAUGUAGGGUUGUUGGCAACACUUGAGGACACAGCUGUUGGUAAACACUCUGAGGCUAAAUCCUCAAAUUGAUUUUUCUUCCUUAGCUGGACAGCUCUGGAAGGAAAUAGUGCCAUAUGCAGCUGUUGUGAGACUGGAAACUGUGCUACAACUGGUAGCAGCCGGAUAUUUAAUCCACGGUAUCCUGGACAAAGGGGUGUUGGCAAGAGAGAAGCUCCAUCUGGUGAGUUACAUAAUUUCACUUAAAUUCAAGCUACCUUUAAAGCAAAGUGCUCCCAUAACUGCCUGGUACCUCUCAUAACUUGGGAACUUCAAAUCUGCUGACCUGUCAGCAUGUGCUGAAGCCUACUUGUUUUAACAGGACCUCUGUCGGAUCAAGAACACAAAUGGGCGACACUGGGACCUCUGCUGGUGAUUGGUGCAGAGCAGAGCCAGGCUCUUGCUGUGACCCAAGAAUCUACAAAUGUGGAGCUCUGGGUGUUGGUGACCCUUGGUAUCCUGAGUGUGGCUGUCAUUGUGGUUGGAGCUCUUGUAGCAUUUAUUAUGAAGUAG